AUGAAGAAAGUCUCGAAUCGUCGAUACCGGUACCUCGCAGCUGCUGCUCUGAUUCUGCUUCUUUUGGCUGGCAUUGCGAUUUUCGUCGUUUUCACCCUACCCAAGAAAGACAUGAUGCUUCAUCCUCAAGGAAUUGUUCUGCAUGUCGCCUCUGAAAGAGAUGCGAUCGUGUUCAAUGCAACCGCAACCGCCCCCUCGCAGGCUUCUAUGCUGCAUGACAUUCAAUUUGAAUCAGCGAUUUGCAAUGUUUCUUUCCUCUCGGCAACUUACUAUUGGCUGCACCUUGUGCAAAUCAACAUCGACGGGCCUGUUCAAGUCAUGGGUCAGAGCUCUGACUCUCAGUCGCUCCGAGGAGGUGUCAACGUCACCGACGUCGACUUCUCGCAGUUCAUGUCCUGGCAUGGGGCGCUUCUCAGACUCAAGGUGGAAUGUUUCCUUGAGGUGAAGGCCGACCUCUAUUGGGGUCUGUAUCAGAAGACGCAGACGAGAAACCUCACGAAAUUCCUGAGUUAUGAGAUGGGGAAGAUUUCACGUCGAUCUACCGAUUCACAAUCCUUGGCCUCUGUCUUGAACCUUGCUCUGAAUCUCUUUCAAGCAGAAGAUCUCAAGGAUUUUGCAAGCAUGUUCGUCGUUCCUAAAGAGGAGAUUGCUCUGAUCUUGAAACCCAGACUCCCCUUAAUCUUUGAUUCGAGUGGAUUGAUUUCUGCUGUAUACGUUCACGUCCCUGAAAUCUCUUUUGAUAUAGGGGCCGAAGCGUUUUAUGGGACCGAGUCACAGUUCCAGGAAUCGAGCUCAAAGCAACCGAAUGGAGUUGUAAGGAUUGGGACUUUACCCACCCAGUGGCUGCUGAUCUCGCAAAAGGGAAAUGGCUCUACUCAUCUCGAUCAGAUUUCUCGAACACGAGCAAAUUUUUUCAUUACUUGCGCUCAUGGAAAAUGCAACAGCAGCAGCAUCCGGCCAAUUGUACAAGUCUUUACGAACUAUCUGACCACUCAUCCUGUUUCUGGGAUUUCAGUUACCUUUUUGACAUCAGGUUCGAGCUCAGCGUUGUUCCGGAAUCUGUUGGGAAGCCGAAAUUCAUUUUUCAUCAAGCUGUAUCCAGUGCAGACAAAUUUUCAUAGAAAGAUGCAUCCUCGAUCCGGAUGGGUUGGGAAUCAGAAUUUGAAUUGUUUUGAAGCUGAUUUUGUUCAGCGAUGGAGACUUCAGGUUUGUGGCUCAUUGGAAAACAAUCUGAUUUCAGAACAAAAGAUACCAAAUUUUUCAUUUCUCUUUGAUCCUCAUAAACUACCAUCCUUGGAAAUAACUUUUGCGGACAUCAGUUACUUCUUAUCAGGGCAAGGUGAUCCGGUUAUAUAUGGUCAUGCUAAUGUCGCCGAAUUCACAAAGAUUGACCUGGUCAGGGCAUACGAACUAAUUGGAUUCAAUGCAGGGCAAAGUCAACCGUACCUCGAUGUCCUAGACGACAGUCUCUCGCUGAUUUGUGCCCUGGACGUUGAGGUAGGCAGCACUGUACUCGUCAAGCAUUCGUUGGAAGUGGACAUCGGGAUUGCAAGUAAAACCGGCACGGGGAGUCUAGAGGGAUCAAGCAUCUUGUUUGCGAUUGUCAGACUUGUUGACUCGCAGGGCACCAUGAAUUGGGAGUGGGUCAAUACUGCAGCUAGGCGGCAACUUAACAAGGUGGAUCAACUCUUCUUGUUGCCUUUGAAUUGGACAUUGUCUUCCAAGAUGCAAACCAGCUCCCAGGAUUGGUACAUGGCAGAUGCUGCCUUGCUAGCACGAGAGGUCAGAGAGAUGGGGAAGAUCGAAGGGCUGGCUAGCGUCAGCUUCAGCAUCGGGGACUCAACGAUACUGGACGGCAGCAUUGAUGGAGGGUUAGUACUCCGAAAUGAUGAAAUAAGUAUCAAUCUUAUUGCCAAAGAUAGAAAAGAUCGAAAAGAAAAGUUCCGAGUGACCCUCUUCCUAGGAGACAACAAGCCUGGAAACAACGGAUUCGAAGGAAUCUUCCUUCUUGCAGACAUUCGAUGGGAGAACCGAUCUCUGCUAAAAACUGAUACGAGCCUCAGUUUCAUAUUGCCCGGGCAAGGAAGUGUUGAUUUGCAAGGAAAGAUAAACUUUGAAUUGAAUUCUCAUCGCUUGCUGAACUGGAACAUCCAUGCGGGAGCAUCUUGGCCACAAAUGUCCCUAUUAGAUGGGAAUUUCGGAGCAGUGCUCAAUGUAGAGGAUAACAAUCACAAAUUAAUCUACUUUGAUGCAAAUCUGAUCAACAAUUUGAAAGCAAACUUGCUAUCUAUGAAUGGAGAUGUCACUUUACUUUUCCAAAAUAACAAACUCUUGCACUGGACGGGGUCGAUAGCAGGCAAGUACACCAAGACCGACCAGUACACGCCGAUACCCUCGAGCUCGUCGACGGAGGCCGGGACGACAUUCGAUGACGUGACGCAGAGAGAGGAGCUGCUCGCAGCCAACUACUCGACAAGCCUUGGGCUCGGGCCGCUAGCAGGAGGCGGCAGCCUAGAGUCGAGCGGAGGCCUGACCUUCUCCACAUACUAUCAUCAAAUCAGGGCAUGUUCUUCGUCGUGCAGCUACGGAAGCUGCUGGUCGUCCUGCGACGAGCCCAAGACAGAAAGGAAGCUGCACCUGGCUCCAGGCCUGGUAGCGUUGUGGAACCAGAAAAAGAAGAUCGACAUGACCAUGACGCUUGACGGGGCGACGCUGAAUGAAGCUCUGGACGGGUCAAGCGUGCUCCAUGUGGGCUAUGACUCAGAGCCUCUGGUCGACUGGACGGGGUCGAUAGCAGGCAAGUACACCAAGACCGACCAGUACACGCCGUGGCCCUCGAGCUCGUCGACGGAGGCCGGGACGACAUUCGAUGACGUGACGCAGAGAGAGGAGCUGCUCGCAGCCAACUACUCGACAAGCCUUGGGCUCGGGCCGCUAGCAGGAGGCGGCAGCCUAGAGUCGAGCGGAGGCCUGACCUUCUCCACAUACUAUCAUCAAAUCAGGGCAUGUUCUUUGUCGUGCAGCUCCGGAAGCUGCUGGCCGUCCUGCGACGAGCCCAAGACAGAAAGGAAGCUGCACCUGGCUCCAGGCCUGGUAGCGUUGUGGAACCAGAAGAGGCAGGUUGACAUAGAAAUGUCUCUCAAUGGAGUGGUGUCGGAUGCUCGUUUGGCAGGGAGUAGUUCACUGAAUGCUCUGAUUGGAUCUAAUAAUCUUGUUGGGUUUGCAAAUGCUUCGGGUGAUUGUCUUGGUUGGUCUUGCCUUCCGUCUGAAAUCCAUCUUUCUAGUAGCUGGGCUGAGAGUAAGUUGACCUCUAUUGAUCUUGUGAUCCAAGGCUUGUUGAGCCGAGGAUGGGACUAUGCGCAUGGAAGUGUUCUUGCCAGCCUUUGGAUUGGUGAGAGACAUUGGUUUGCCCUGGAUGUUUGUGGAGAUCUCCGCGAGCUAGUCAUGCUCAAACCAGGGGGAAUGGUGAAGUUGAUUUCAAGAGCCGCUCUUCUAGGAAACGAACUGAUUGACCUUAGCUUGAUCGCUGAAUAUGAUGUGAGGGGCAAGGGGUUAAAUGCCAACAUGACCGUAACAAAUCUUCUGACUAUCAGCAACCGCCAGCUGUAUGCAAUUGCUGCAGAGGGAUCGUACAGUCUCAACGCUGGACCAUAUGGAGUUACCGCCAGAUUGAGAAAGGAUGGUGAGGAAAACUUCCUUCUGAUCGGGAGAGGUGACUACGACUGGAACUCUGAACAGAGAUUGUUAAAUGGAUCCAUCACAACGAUUCUGAUUAUACCCCACACGCCAGUCAAGGUCGACUUGGAUCACAUCGUCACUUUGAGCUUGGGCAACGGAGGGAAGUAUGCAGGGGCUGUAGACGUCUUGGAAAGAAGAGGCGCUCCUCUCGGAUUUCUCGUCCCUUCAUUUCCUUCCCUCCUACACGUCAAAGCAUCUGCUGUCCUGCGAGACAUGCCUGACAACACUCCAGCAAGCUUCUUGAAACGAUUUGCUCUUGCGACUGCCGGGCUGGAUGUGGCCAUGUCAGUGGCAGUCUCAGGGAAAACUGCUGUGGUUGUAACUGCACUGGUGGAGUCGGAUGGAGACAUGCGGGGAGACGAGACUCGCAUGUCCUGCCUCGAGGUCGACCUCGGCUUCCAUGGCCCCUUAUGGAUCACCUUGUACGGAGACUUGAGGUCGACUCGCUUCUCCCUUCCCUGGGCACUAGAGAGCUCCAAGAACUAUGAAGCCUUGACAGCUUUGCUUCAAUACAUCUUGGUCAGCUGGCGGAUCAACAACCUCAUUGACUCGGUACAGGAUUGGAAUGGCUUGUACAAGAACCAAGUGCCUCAGUGUGACGUGUCGUCUGCCGGCAAGUUGCUCAUCACUCUCGGUGACUUGCCUCAUCCAGCAUGGCCCCCAAAGGCAACCGGCAUGCCGAAUGCUGCGGAUGUAAUCUCAACCACACCCGAACCGACUUAUGCGAUGCCGUCACAGGAGCCCAUGGCAACUAACAUCUCGACGACGAGUGUCUACAUUCCUUCAUCCGAGAAGUCAGUCACAUUCUUCGUACUGAAGCUUCCCUUCCUGACUACCGAUGAAGAUAGCAAAAAGCUUGACUUCGUUACUUCUGUUGCAACCAACAUCAGUUAUGUCAGUUCACAAGGCUUCUUUCAGUGUGCGAUGAUUGAAUCUAGCAACAAUUUGUUCAAGGUAACGCCGUCAUUGGAUUUAAACGGAAGCCUUCACCUGCAAUUAGAAGGCAAUGCUUCGGGAGACGCUUUCUGGAACAUCAGUCUCGUGGAUGGAGACCGAACCCACUACUCUCCCAUUCCAUUGCACAUUGUGGUGCGUCCCGUCAAUGACCCCCCGAGCUUCGUCGUCGCUAGCCAACUCCUCCUCCUCCUCGACCUCGGAUCGAACCUCGUCCCCAACGCUCUUCGCAACAUCUCCUUGGGAGCUCCUGACGAGGAUCUCAGUCAGAACAUCUCCUUCAGCGUCACCUUCCUAGGCGGGCCUCAGAACCUCCUCCUUAACACCCUCGCGAUAUCUCCGAGCGGCACUCUAUCCUUCAAUGCCACGUCGUUAGGAACAGGCUUGACUACUUUCUCUGUUGUUGCGCGUGACGAUGGCGGGACGAUGAACGGCGGAGUCAACGUGUCGACCAAGCAGGCCUUGAAGCUCGCAGUCGUGAGCAGACCUCGAAGCGUCUUUGACGUCGUCCUUACUCAGAUCUCUCUCAAUCGCGUGUCCAUUCAGUGGUCAUACAAAGAUCCCGGCCAGGACUUUGAAGCGGCCCAGUAUCAUUUCAACGUCUCCGGGCGAUAUGCGAGAGCGUCCAGCGGCAGCUACUACGGCUUCGAGAGGAUGGAGAACCUGACGGUCUGUCUGGGUGUCUGCAGCAUCGUUCUUGAUGACGUCCUUCCCAAGUCCACCCUAGCCGUUACAAUCACGGCGGUCAACAUCGCAGGGAAGAGCCCUGAGCAAAACCGGAGCAUCGUGCUAGAGGAUAAGAAUGUGGCCCCUACCUUCUCAAUCAACUCGACCUUCGUACGCCUCGAGGACGCCGGCCUGGUCACGAUAGGCGGGGCUGCGUAUGACAUCUCUGCUGGGUCUCUCGACGAGGUGCAGCAGAAGCUGACUUUCAUCGUAUCCUCAAGCUCGCCGGCUGCCUUCACCCGCCUGCCUUCCAUCGACCCGACCAACGGCAGCCUCACCUUCCAAACAGCCUUGAAUGUCAACGGGAAUUUCAACUGCACGGUGUUGUUGGUAGAUGACGGUGGCACGCGGUUCGGAGGCGUCAACGUCUCGCAACAGCACUCGUUUGUCAUCAAGGUUGUCCCCGUCAACGAUGCUCCAAGCUUCUUGCUCAAGCAGCCUGUCAUCACCCUCCUGGAGGACGCUGGCUUGUACGUCUACACCGGCUUGGCCAACAGCAUCUCGUCAGGGCCAAGCGACGAGAGCUGGCAGUCGCUGACCUUCAGCAUGACGUGGACGGGGGGGGCAGACGUUGGCAUCUUCCAGGUCGCACCCUCGCUAAACCAGAGCGGGACGCUCAUGCUCAAGGCGAAUCCAAACAUGUCAGGCACGUCCAACUGGACGAUACAGCUGCAUGACAACGGGGGAGAAGACAACAACGGGCAGGCAUGGUCAGCGACACGCACACUGCAGAUCAUCAUCGUACCGGUCAACGACCCCCCGAGCUUCGUCGUCGCUAGCCAACUCCUCCUCCUCCUCGACCUCGGAUCGAACCUCGUCCCCAACGCUCUUCGCAACAUCUCCUUGGGAGCUCCUGACGAGGAUCUCAGUCAGAACAUCUCCUUCAGCGUCACCUUCCUAGGCGGGCCUCAGAACCUCCUCCUUAACACCCUCGCGAUAUCUCCGAGCGGCACUCUAUCCUUCCAUGCCACGUCGUUAGGAACAGGCUUGACUACUUUCUCUGUUGUUGCGCGUGACGAUGGCGGGACGAUGAACGGCGGAGUCAACGUGUCGACCAAGCAGGCCUUGAAGCUCGCAGUCGUGAGCAGACCUCGAAGCGUCUUUGACGUCGUCCUUACUCAGAUCUCUCUCAAUCGCGUGUCCAUUCAGUGGUCAUACAAAGAUCCCGGCCAGGACUUUGAAGCGGCCCAGUAUCAUUUCAACGUCUCCGGGCGAUAUGCGAGAGCGUCCAGCGGCAGCUACUACGGCUUCGAGAGGAUGGAGAACCUGACGGUCUGUCUGGGUGUCUGCAGCAUCGUUCUUGAUGACGUCCUUCCCAAGUCCACCCUAGCCGUUACAAUCACGGCGGUCAACAUCGCAGGGAAGAGCCCUGAGCAAAACCGGAGCAUCGUGCUAGAGGAUAAGAAUGUGGCCCCUACCUUCUCAAUCAACUCGACCUUCGUACGCCUCGAGGACGCCGGCCUGGUCACGAUAGGCGGGGCUGCGUAUGACAUCUCUGCUGGGUCUCUCGACGAGGUGCAGCAGAAGCUGACUUUCAUCGUAUCCUCAAGCUCGCCGGCUGCCUUCACCCGCCUGCCUUCCAUCGACCCGACCAACGGCAGCCUCACCUUCCAAACAGCCUUGAAUGUCAACGGGAAUUUCAACUGCACGGUGUUGUUGGUAGAUGACGGUGGCACGCGGUUCGGAGGCGUCAACGUCUCGCAACAGCACUCGUUUGUCAUCAAGGUUGUCCCCGUCAACGAUGCUCCAAGCUUCUUGCUCAAGCAGCCUGUCAUCACCCUCCUGGAGGACGCUGGCUUGUACGUCUACACCGGCUUGGCCAACAGCAUCUCGUCAGGGCCAAGCGACGAGAGCUGGCAGUCGCUGACCUUCAGCAUGACGUGGACGGGGGGGGCAGACGUUGGCAUCUUCCAGGUCGCACCCUCGCUAAACCAGAGCGGGACGCUCAUGCUCAAGGCGAAUCCAAACAUGUCAGGCACGUCCAACUGGACGAUACAGCUGCAUGACAACGGGGGAGAAGACAACAACGGGCAGGCAUGGUCAGCGACACGCACACUGCAGAUCAUCAUCGUACCGGUCAACGACCCCCCGAGCUUCGUCGUCGCUAGCCAACUCCUCCUCCUCCUCGACCUCGGAUCGAACCUCGUCCCCAACGCUCUUCGCAACAUCUCCUUGGGAGCUCCUGACGAGGAUCUCAGUCAGAACAUCUCCUUCAGCGUCACCUUCCUAGGCGGGCCUCAGAACCUCCUCCUUAACACCCUCGCGAUAUCUCCGAGCGGCACUCUAUCCUUCAAUGCCACGUCGUUGGGAACAGGCUUGACUACUUUCUCUGUUGUUGCGCGUGACGAUGGCGGGACGAUGAACGGCGGAGUCAACGUGUCGACCAAGCAGGCCUUGAAGCUCGCAGUCGUGAGCAGACCUCGAAGCGUCUUUGACGUCGUCCUUACUCAGAUCUCUCUCAAUCGCGUGUCCAUUCAGUGGUCAUACAAAGAUCCCGGCCAGGACUUUGAAGCGGCCCAGUAUCAUUUCAACGUCUCCGGGCGAUAUGCGAGAGCGUCCAGCGGCAGCUACUACGGCUUCGAGAGGAUGGAGAACCUGACGGUCUGUCUGGGUGUCUGCAGCAUCGUUCUUGAUGACGUCCUUCCCAAGUCCACCCUAGCCGUUACAAUCACGGCGGUCAACAUCGCAGGGAAGAGCCCUGAGCAAAACCGGAGCAUCGUGCUAGAGGAUAAGAAUGUGGCCCCUACCUUCUCAAUCGUCUCGACCUUCGUACGCCUCGAGGACGCCGGCCUGGUCACGAUAGGCGGGGCUGCGUAUGACAUCUCUGCUGGGUCUCUCGACGAGGUGCAGCAGAAGCUGACUUUCAUCGUAUCCUCAAGCUCGCCGGCUGCCUUCACCCGCCUGCCUUCCAUCGACCCGACCAACGGCAGCCUCACCUUCCAAACAGCCUUGAAUGUCAACGGGAAUUUCACUGCACGCUUCUUGCUCAAGCAGCCUGUCAUCACCCUCCUGGAGGACGCUGGCUUGUACGUCUACACCGGCUUGGCCAACAGCAUCUCGUCAGGGCCAAGCGACGAGAGCUGGCAGUCGCUGACCUUCAGCAUGACGUGGACGGGGGGGGCAGACGUUGGCAUCUUCCAGGUCGCACCCUCGCUAAACCAGAGCGGGACGCUCAUGCUCAAGGCGAAUCCAAACAUGUCAGGCACGUCCAACUGGACGAUACAGCUGCAUGACAACGGGGGAGAAGACAACAACGGGCAGGCAUGGUCAGCGACACGCACACUGCAGAUCAUCAUCGUACCGGUCAACGACCCCCCGAGCUUUUCCAUGAUCGGAUCUCUUACAGUCUAUCAACGUGUUGGAAUCAUAUCAUCUUCAAUAGCUUGGGAUAUUUCUGCAGGGCCACCCGAUGAGAGCAAACAGAACAUGACGUUUGAAAUGGACCUUCUGUCUGGUCGGUCUGAUUUGUUUAGCGAGUUUCCUAGGAUUGACCAGCAGGGUCUCUUAACCUUCUCCAGAACAACUGGGACGUUCGGAAGAUCUGAUUGGAAGGUGAGUUUGCGAGAUGAUGGAGGUGUGCUCAAUGGGGGCAUUUCAUCUUCGUCAAAAGUAUUUACAAUGGUUCUUAUCGGAAUUCCUUCACCAGUCUUCAACAUUCAGUAUCAACAACCGAGGAAUGGAUUCGUUUUGAUAACUUGGAACCAUUCGGAUUUUUCAUUGACCAGACAAGAAUUAGGGGAGACCUAUAACUCUGCAAGAAGUUUUCUAGUCUCAUUCACAGAGUGCAGAUCCAGUUGCAUUCUCACAGCCACUGUACUGGUCAAGAGCAGUGAGUGCUCGAAGAUUUGCAAUGUGACGAUGCAGCUUGCGAUUGGUGUCACGUACUCUGUCUCUAUAGUGGCACAAAACGAAGCAGGUCAAGCAUUGCCAGUUCUUGCGAAUGUGUUUCUGCCUGACCUCACACCGAAGUUGGAGUAUCUUUCGGUUUCAAGCGGUGACGUGUCACUCGCAACCCUCUGCACGGUCGCUAUCAGCAAUUUCCAAGAAUCUGCUAGCAGUAAAUACUUAAUUCGAAUCAACGACAUCAAGCCUCUCCCAGUUGUAGACCUUUUCUUUGUUGCAGCAACUGCGUCGACUGCUCCCAAGGUCACAUUGUCGUUCAACAUCCCCCCCUGGAACACUACGAGUAUUGUCAACAUAUCUGUGGGAUUGAUCGCAGCGCCUGACGUUCGUGUGAUCUUUCCCUUCGAGUACUUCUCCAGCAGUGUUCCUCGCGUUUCUCUUGUCUUCCCUACCAUGGCUUCGACUGCUGGCGGUGACUUGGUACGUAUCACAGUCUCCAACGUCUUCGAGUCCAAUCCCGACACCAGCGCCUGGCUCUUCAACUUGGGAAACACAAGCUUCCAUCCCACCUCAGCAGUGUCCAUCUCUCAGUCUGAAGUGUCGCUCAUCGGGCAGAUUCCUCCUCAGGCUCAGUUCACAAGUGUCGCUACCAUAGACGUGCAUCUGCUCUAUAAGCAAGUCAAGAUGAGUUUUCUGCUGCAGAUGCAGCCUCCCUGCAACUAUCGAGUCUUCUGCCCAGCAGCAAAGUCAAGUUACCUAGCCAAUGACUACCUUCUCAAGUUCGACCCCCCCAUGACCACGUCUUGUGAUAUGAAAUACUGCUUGGACUCCUCAACCUUCACUGCGAUGCGCUUGAUUUCGUCAUCCCCAUCUACAGGCAGCACGAAAGGGGGAAGUCCAGUGCUGAUAUCGAUCGCUUCAGACACUCUCAUUUCUGCUUAUUCGGGGGGAUUGAAGCUCUUGUACAAUGGGGUUCCGUUGGCCAUCACUGUGGUCUCUACGAUAAGGCUUACCUCCAUGAACUUCACCUUACCCCAGUACGUGUCGCCAUGCUGUUGUGGAAGGAACUACACGUGUGUCUCCACGUUUCAGGUUGUGGAUCUGUUGACUACAAGAAGCCUAUCGAUACCGUUUGAGUUCAUCGCAGACAUCGAAGGGCCUCCCAACAUCGUGUCGAUUUACCCUGGAUGUACGUCCUCGAGGCCAGACAGUUGCACGUCAAGUCCAGUUCUAACUUUGCAGCGAUCCAGCAUCCUGCUUGACCUUGAAAACUUCCCUAAGAUUGAAACGCAAGGAGGCAUUCAAGUCUACAUCGACUUCAGCGUAGAUCCAAACGCAACCGUAACGGUCUUGUCGAGCACGAAUGCCUUGACCAAGAUGAACAUCAGUUUCGUGACACCAGCGUCUUCUGGUAUUUUUACAGGAAGAAUUUGGGCCGCUGGGUAUGAGAAGAGUAACUCUUUUCAAAUCUAUGUGCAGAGUCCACCGAACCCUCAAGUGUUGAGUUACUUCCCAAGCAAGUUUGUGGAGGGCGACAGCAUUCAAAUCCAAGCUCAACUGAGCGAUUGGUCAUCCUACUUUGAUUUAAGCAACGUCGAAGCCGUUUCAUCAACCAACCAGACUCACCCAGCGGAGUUCAAGCUUCUCCUUGGCGCUACCUUAGGGUCUGCGACUCUCAAAGUUUCUUUCGUCGCAAGGCUGACAAGCUCCGAGUAUCAGCUGAGAAUUCAAGUCAGACGCGUUGCCAACCAGGAGACUUUCAGCAUACCGUUGAACUUUCAGGUCUCAGCAAAUCCCUACAUUGGCUACGUAUUCCCCAGCUCCGGUCAAGUUCUUACCCGCACUCGCGUGAAUGUCGUGGUAUACAAUUCGUUCUCUAUCGCCAACAGUCAGCUCUUCGCUAGCUUCGAGGGGCAGAUCGUAACCGUCACAGAUGUUGGUCAACAAGGAACUCAGAACACAAGCAGCAGGUUCCUCACCUUCUUGACGCCGAAUGUUUCCUCUGUUGGAACCAUCAAAUUCUGUAUUACCAGCAAUCAGAAUCAGUGUGGAGGUUUGACAUCUCAAUUUCAGUUUAUGGCACCAGCACCAUUAGCCUCUCGACGAGCUUCUUCUCAGGGAGGAACCAACAUCUUCAUCUCCUUCUACGGGACCAACGACGACUUGAAAGUCUAUGCUUUUCUUCCCUCAAGACUCUCCGGUGUAGUGAAGUCAGAGUUGAAGGCUACUAGGACGUCUACCUGCACUGACCAAACAUUUUGUACUCAGCAGGUUGCAAUUGAAGCCCCCGUAUCUUCUGAUGGGUCAGAUGUGCUUCUGCAAUUGGAAAACGGAAAAUUGUCUCCUCAGAACCUGGCAAUCUCGUAUUUUCUCAUGCCAUCAAUCAUCUCGGUAAAUCCAACACAGUCGUCAGUGAUGGGCGGAGACUCUGUCCAGAUUUCAAUGAAGAAUUUUCCUGCAAUCUCGACAGCCUUAGAUGUUUCAGUUGUGUUUGAUUCUCAACAAGCAAGAGUUAUGCAAGUUUUGGGAUACAAUGACUUCAUUUGUGUAUCUCCAAGUCACAAAUCCGUAGGAAGCAUUCAGCUGUCCAUCAUUCCAACAAAGAUUGCGAACGCGCAAGAGAAAGCUGACAUGACAGUGACCAGUCAGUUCUCUUAUUCUCGUCCGGAUUCGAAAGUGUUGAGCAUGAUCCCGUCGAGAGGUUCUCUGAAAGGGGGUGCCAUCGUGACCAUGAUAUUCUCGCACUUCCCAACGAAAUUGACCGAGACUGAUGUCUCGGUCGUUUUCAGUAGCAAGCAGCAAGCUACUGUCAAUCGUGUUGUACAAUCAGACUCUUUCUCUGGAGAAUCGAUCGUCGAGUUUCUGAUGCCUGCCCUUCCUGUCGGUCUGCAGCAGGCUACUUUGACGGUGUCUGACGGGUACAACUCAACGGCAGCUUUGUUCUUUGAGUCCUAUGACGCUACCGUACAGCUGACUUGCAACCGUCUUCAGAUGCAAAGUCUCGACGACCCGAUCAAAGUGACAGGAGGUUGUCAGGGAGGAGUCGAUGGAACUGACUUCUUGUUGAUCGCUGUCACGAAUAUCGGGCAAAUUCAAAGUUUCUCAGGUCUGGCAAUCAGUUUUGGUACAGAAUAUGCAGUUAUGGGCAAGUUAGUCAACUCCACCAUGCAGAAAACGUUUGUGAUAGUAGCUGUUCCAGCCAAUAGCUUCUUUUCCAAGUCCACAGUGAUAGACCUGAGCGUUACCAACGCGAAGACCAUGGCGGGGAUGAGCACCUUACAAGGAAGUGGAAAGUUUGAGUACAUUGCAGCUCCUUCCGUGCUGUCAGCUUCUUUCGAUGCGAUGGGAUCUUCAAUUAUGAUUGUCUUCUCUGAAAGUACCAAUAUCUUUUCUCUCCCUGUGGCUCAAUUGUCAACAUGUCAAUCCUUCCUCGAAAUUGGCACCUCUCAACCUUUUGGCAAGUCAGCCAAGUGCACGUGGCAAGACGAACAGACGCUGAGCAUCAUUCUGUCCUAUGACGCGACAGUAGCUGUCAAUGACAACCUUCAGAUCAAGAUGAACCUCGUCAAGCACGUGUCAGGCCUCGGCCCCUACGUGAGUGGAACCGUCAAGGUCGCAAGUCCCAGCAUUCUCAUCAAACCUGUCUUUCAACUCUUGGGGCCCCAGGAGGUUGGCCCUUGCGACGAUGCUCAGAUCAUGGCUCUAGGAACGUCGUCAAGGCCUCUGACCUUCUCCUGGACCUGCAUGGGAUGCCCUGAUGUGAUUCAAUCCAAACUUGCAGUCACUGUGAGCGACAAGAUUGUGAUUUCAAGCUCCGACCUCGCUCAAUCCCAGAGCUCCUACCGCAUUCAAGUGUACGGGGUGAACUUUCUUGGAACGAAGAGCGAAACACUGAGCCUGCAGUUUUAUCGCACAUCCUUGCCCAUCCCUGUCGUCAGCUUGUCAGGGUUCGACUUGUACAAGAAAUCGGAUGACAUCCUGCUUGGGGCCCAGACAGCCUUUUCCAAGUGCAGCGAGGAGAUGGAGUUGCAGUUCAAGUGGGAGCAAGUCAACCAGGAUAACGCUGCGACUAACAAUGGCAUUCCCGCUUCUGUGCUGGCAAGAAACUCUCCGACUUUCUUUCUGUCCAAAGGAACGCUCGCGGUCCCCGGGUUGUAUAAGUUGAAGUUGACGGUGACGCUGCCUACGACUCCUCCGACACAGACUGCCGUCAGCACUUCCUUCACUCUCUUGGCUUCCGAUCUCAUUGCCAUUGUCAAGAACGGAGACUCCAAGAUCGGCCGCUCGCAAAAGCUUUCCUUGGAUGCGGGAGAUUCAAAAGAUCCCGACUAUAGAGGAAGCUCGCCUGACGUCAACUUGAAAUUCACCUGGACGUGUAAGGUGCAGGGGAUGAUGUGCAGGGACCGGAAAAGCAACAAUCCGUUGGUCUUCGACAGCUCGUCUGUGCUGUCCAUGUCUUCCGACGGGUUUGAAGUCAACGUGCAGUAUAUUUUCUCACUUGAGGUCAUGAAAGACUCCAGGUCAGCCAGCACCAGCGUCUCCAUGGUCUUCGUCGAAGAGUUCGUACCGCUCACAACGCUCACAUCCCCUUCCACCAUGCUCGUCAAGGGAGAGAACGUUCUGAACCCUCUGCAGACCCUGAACCUCCUCGAGUACUCCUGCACCUCCUGCAGCUCCUACAAGUGGCAGCUCAUCGACCAAGGGACUGCGACGGUCUUGCCAGCAACGACCAACGAGCUUUUCUUGUCCUCCUCCACCUUCGUUCAGGGCCGUCGAUACACAGUCCUUCUGACAAGCUACCAGUCGCCACAAGAAGGUCAGGUGUGUAACGGCCUGUGCCAGGGAUCAGCUUCCUUUGAGUUCCGAGUGAAUCUUGCUCCUUCGGGGGGUCAGUGUAGCGUCCAGCCGACGCAAGGGUACGAGUUGAACACACAGUUUGUGGUACAAUGCGGAAGUUUCAGCGACGCUGAUCUGCCGCUCUCAUUUCAGUUCAACUACAAGGUUAAGAACGGAACCGAAGCCUCCUUGGCUCCAUCCUCGUCCCCCAUGCGCAGCCUCUACCUGCCCUCAGGCGAGAUCAACAUCUCCGUCAUCGCCAUCGACAGCCUCGGCGCUCAGUCGACUUACUUCCUUGAUCUCGUCGUUGUGCUUCCCAUCCCCUCCGUCUCUCCCGUCGUAGCGCAGCAGGCGCUGGACUCCUUCGUUCUCUUGGGGAAGACAUCUGAAUUCAGCAACUAUGCCAUAUCCCUCACGCAGAAGCUCUCGAGAGACAGCUCGACGCUUCUCGCUCGUCGCCGUCGAGCUGCAGCUUCUCUGCGCGUCAAUGAUGUGCAGCUGUCAGAAAGCGCGUUGAUCAGAAGCAACACUACCCUCUCACUGUUGCGAAUCAUUGAAAAACAAGUGCCAUCAGCUGGGAACUUGCUGGAAAACAUCGGGACCCUCUUCUUCCUUGUCAACAGUUCAGAACCGCUUACGAUGGAUGCAACUGUCGCUGCCGUUGAGAUUCUAAGCAACACAACCAUCUUGAUCCCGCAAGUCUUGCAAUAUUCGCUAGAGAGAACAACGGUACAGACAAUCAUCUUCAUUGCAUCCACACUUAAAGAUCAGCUGCAGCAAUCUGUGUUGUCGAUGUCAGAAAAGACGAGAUGUAUGAGCAUGCUGGUUACUUCUGCUGCGACUGCGAUGUAUCACGGGAUCUUCGACUUUAUUGACAUCAAGAACAACCUUGUUUGUGAUCAUACUUGUGUCCCUACCACCGACCACAUCUUUACUUACAAGUGGAAAUCCGCAUUCACAAAGAUUUUGCACCCUCAAGACAUUGCUGUCGAGUCACUAUUCAUGCUAGCAAACAUUUCAGCUGGCAGCUCUGCUGUUGUUCCAGCCAGUAGCGAGCAAAGCGCAUCAUUUUACACGUUCAUGUAUGUCUGGAGGACUCCGCUAGCGACCAACACAGACACGUUCAUCUCAGACUCGCAUGGUUUCAUCCUAGGCAUCAGUGACCUCAACGGCGUCCGGAAUUCCGUCAGUCAGUUCGACUACGACGCGAGAAUCCCUGUUUCUCAAUCAGACCUCUCAAGCAUCCUAUGGAACUGUGUGAUGUGGAAACAAGGCUGGAGCAGCGAAACCUGUUCGCCUGUUGGCUUCUCUCCCAACAUUGCCCAGUGCUCAUGCAAAGAGACAGGGUUAGUUGCUGUCUCGGUAUCUUCUGUCAGCGUGUGUGGUGAUGGGCGAGUGACUGGUAAAGAAGAAUGUGACGAUGGCAACCGAGUCAGUCAGGACGGAUGCAGUCAGUCCUGCACACUUGAGAGCGGAUUCACAUGUCAGCCCGGCAACAGCAUACUCCGGACCCGAUGUGUCAACUCCUCCUCGACAACCACAGCCUGCAAACCUCAGAUGCUCGGCCCUCACUGCGAGACUCUCUGCCUGGGUGAGGUCGUCGGCGACAGCUGCACAGCAGAGACCUUAACCCCUCUCCUGGUGCAGCCAGCCGUAGUCGUUGGAUCUCUCGGCGGCCAAGUCUCCCUAGCCAGCUGGGGAAAUCUGACCUUCCCCAAGGACUUUUACGGCUCGACCCUAGACAUGACCGUCAAGUUGUAUGCUGGAGUCCCGCUAGCCUCUGGGUCGUCAGUCGGGCCGACUCUGGUGCUGGAGCCAACAGGCGCCACGUUCUUGAAGCCUCUCACGCUCUCACUCUCAACAUCACACGUCACGGACUUGGUCGCGCAGCCUGUGGCCUUGUACUACUUGAACUCCCUCACCAAACAAUGGGAAUACGUGGAGAGCAGGGUCGAUGUUCAGCAGAACCUCCUCACUGCUCAAAUACUUCACUUCUCCGUGUACGCCGUGCUACGAAAGCCUCCCGAGAAUCAGUCGCCGAGCCCCAAGGAAGCAGCUCCUCCUCCUCCUGCUGCAUCCUCUACUCCACCUGGCACGACAAAAGACACCAAGAGCUCCAAGGUGCCUGUCAUCGUUGGCGUGACGGUCUCGUGCGGGGUGGUGGCGCUGGUGGCUGCAGGUUUGUUCGCUUACUACAGGAGAAGGAUCGCCGAGAAGCUCAAGGAAGGAGCGUCUCCGGCUGUCACUCCAGCCCCCGAGCCCGCAAACACCCAGGAGAAUCAGGUCAACGAUGAGGGCCUGGAACCAUACUUGGAGUCACCGAUGGCCGACGCCUCCUCCCGAUCGUCAUCCUCAGAAGAUGAUGAAGAGAUCGGCAGAGAUCGAGGAGACACCGACAGACCCCAUCUGGACGCGAUUCCACCAGGACAUGUGGCACAGAUGGUUGAGAAACAGAAUCGGUUGGUCCUUGAGAGCUCCAAGACCGACAGCGAGGAGAAGCGACCGCAGAAGCUCAAAUCCUCCUUGGAGUAUCAAGACAAAGUCAACGACGAAGACAAAGACAAAGGGGAUGAGGACAAGGAGGAAGACAAAGGGGAAGAGGAAGAUAAUAAGGAGGAAGGCGAAGGAGAAGGAGAUUAUGAUAAGAAAGGCGAAGGCGAAGGAGAUUAUGAUAAGAAAGGCGAAGGCGAAGGAGAUUAUGAUAAGAAAGGCGAAGGCGAAGGAGAUGAUGAUAAGAAAGGCGAAGGCGAAGGAGAUGAUGAUAAGAAAGGCGAAGGCGAAGGAGAUGAUGAUAAGAAAGGCGAAGGGGAAGAGAAAGAUCAUAAGGAGCGUCAGGAAAAGCCAGCUGGCGAGACUUCUCCGGAGCAGCAGGAGCAGCAGGAGCAGCUCCCUCCCCUGGUGUCCACAAGCAAGGAGGCAACAGCAGAAGCUAUGGAAGGAAGCCACCAGCCUGAGCCAGCGGCUCUGCCGGUCGAGCAUGAUCAGGAGCUGCGAGUCAUGAGCUACUCGCUUGUAUUCGCAGAGCCUCAGCGAUCUCUGGGGCCAUGGGGGCUGGACGGGCCCCACAACUGCUAG